CGAAGCUUGGCCUUACGGACCAUCACUCCAAAAUGUAUUACCGAUCUGCUACACAUGCAGCUGCCGUGCUCGCGUUUGCUGCGCUUGCUGAGGCAGCUCCUACAACAGUCCAGGCGUCGUCGAAUGCUGGCUCGCCCACCUCUGAUGUGUAUCCUCCGUCUGGCACUGUAGUCAACUCUUCGAUUUUCCCGCCAGAAUCUGUUGUUGGCUUUCCGGGUCCAACACCCACUGGAGCCGAGCCGAAUGCCAUUCAGACAGCUCCGUCGUACCCCUACAACGACAACAAGGCCAACUCCUUUCCCCUCAUUGCACCGCAACCCCACGGCAAUGACGUCGAGUCCAAGUUCGACAUAAGCCGGUACUGGGGCAAUUUGUCGCCAUGGUACUCUCUCCGCUCUGCGGACUACGGCCUACCUGAUGCAGACCCUCUUGUACCUGAGGGCUGCGACAUCACCCAGGUCUUGUUGCUGUACAGACACGGUGCUCGCUACCCUACAAGCGGUGCUGCACCGGGCACAUUUGCCCAGAAGGUGGUCAAUGCAACAAAGGCAGGCGGUCUUGCUUUCUCAGGCGAGCUGUCCUUCCUGAGUGACUGGACGUACAAGCUCGGCGCUGAGCUUCUUACACCUUUUGGACGCAGCCAGAACUUCUUGCUUGGUGUCGAGUACAGGCAGUUGUACGGACACUUGCUCAACAACUUCACCGCCGCGGGCAAGCUGCCUGUGUUCCGGACGCAGAGUCAGGACCGCAUGGUCAAGACGGCUGAGAAUUUUGCUGCUGGAUUUUUUGGCGUACCCGAGUACAUGAGCGAGGUCAACAUCGAGAUUCUGGUCGAGACACCGGGUGUGAACAACUCGGGAGCUCCUUAUGAGGUCUGCUUGAACUCGAAUGUGGCCAGCAAGGGAAGCAUUGGAAGUACUGUUGCUGCGAAGUUCGCCGCCGAUGCUUUCAAUGCCACCAUCGCCCGCCUUCAAUCUCAGGCCAAGGGCAUCAACUUCACGUCAACCGACGCCAUCGCCAUGCUGCAGCUGUGCUCAUACGAGACCCACGCUCUCGGCUACUCUGCCUUCUGCAAUCUCUUCAGCGAGGAAGACUUCCUUAACUACGAAUACUACUACGACCUCUCCUUCUACUACAACAACGGCCCCGGCUCGCCCGUCGCCGCCGCGCAAGGAAAGGGGUAUUUGGACGAAUACAUUGCGCGCUUCACGGGCAAGUACCCGUCCGCCAACUCAGCGCUGAACGAGACCUUCGACAACACAACGACGUACUUCCCGCUGCAACAGUCCAUCUACGCCGACGCCACGCACGAAGUCGUCGUUCUCGAUGCGUUGACAGCGUUCAACCUGACUGCGCUGUUCGACGGCCCGCCGCUGAGUCCGAACGGCAACCAGCACUCUAACUCCUUCGUGGCGAGCAGACUCGUGCCGUUCGCGACGCACUUCACUACACAGGUGUUGGAGUGCAAGGCUAAGAGCCCGAGCAAGCAGAUCAGAUUCAUUGUCAAUGACGCCGUGGUUCCGAUUAACGGGUCUCACCCGGGAUGUCCGGCCGAUAAGGAUGGACUCUGCUCGUUUGACAACGUGGUCAGCGUGCUGCAGAAGAGGAGCGCCGAGAUUGAUUACAACUAUGAUUGUUUGGGUAACUACACGGCAAGCCCGGGAGUGAACUACAACGGCAGGGCGCCGAAGUCGUAGGCGUCUCAGGGGAUAACAAGAUGAGUGGUAAUGAUGUAAUAGUUUGGAAAUGCAAAAGACAUAUUUACGAGCGGAAAGCGUGUGUGUGAUGUCGCACCGAGAAUCGUGAAGGCCAAAGAUGGGAAGAAU